UCCUGACAUUAGGGAGGCUAAGGAGGAAUCUUCAAAGCUGAAGGAACAAGUACAAUUGGCAGAGCUACCUAGAUCCAACAGUCUUUUCAACAAAGUCAGCCAGAGGGCUUGAAGUAUUCGUUGUAUUGCAGGUCAAUAAUGGAAAGUGGUCGCCGUGGAGGGAUUAUAUAGGUAAUAAUUGGGAUCUUCACAUAAUGAAGAUUUGAAUAUGAAAAGCAGCCAUACCAAACUCUCCUGCAUUAAUGAUCCUAGAAAACUCCCCCGGAAAAACUAACACUGAGACUAAAAAAAAGCGGCGGGGGGGGGGGGGGUGUGAGAAUGGAGAUCACGGCCCUGGCCCCGCUUAUAGUGAACGCUGGGUGCCCAGGCUGCAGCAGAGAAGGAUCCGCAGGCCAAUGUUGGCGCCUGCGCUGCAGGUGAGACCAUAGGCUGGAAGAGCCUUUGUAUCAGCUGAUUUUUCUCUCUUGCCUUCCCACGCCGUGAUCUUACCCCCUUACUCCUCUGAUGAAACAGUUCGACAUGACACGACUACAGCCCCGACCGAGCAGUCUGAUUGUGAAGACAAACACUGUGUGUGUGGGAGGGGGGUGUCAUGUCCCUGACACACACAGACUCUGGGUUCCUAACGUGAGGGCUCAGGAGGGAAUCUCUAAAACUAAAGGAACAUCCAAGGUUGGCAGCGCUACCUAGAUCCAAUGGGACAGACCCGAUCUUCCCAGCAGGGAGCAGCUUCUGGGAGUGGGGAAUUCCCCGUCCCAGCAGAGCUUUUUCCUUUAAAAUGCAACUUUGCGGGCGGGGACAUCCCUGCCGGUAACAACCCGGAGAGCACGGAUCUCCCUGAAGCCCCAGGGGCUGGAUUGGGCCCCACCGCGCUAAUGAGACUGUCUGCCACCUUGAACCACCCAAUGACAGCAGGGGCGAGUAAAGGUGGAGACGAGCCCGGGAAGUUGCCGGAGCAGGAAGAGGAGGAAUCCCAGGUUUUGCACGGAACAGGCCAUUGCAAGUGGUUCAAUGUGCGAAUGGGAUUCGGGUUCAUCUCCAUGAUCAACCGGGAAGGAAACCCUUUGGAGUCUCCAGUUGAUGUUUUUGUACACCAAAGCAAGCUUUACAUGGAAGGAUUUAGAAGCCUAAAGGAAGGCGAACCAGUGGAAUUUACUUUUAAGAAAUCUUCCAAAGGCCUUGAAUCAAUACGGGUAACAGGCCCUGGUGGGAGCCCCUGUUUAGGAAGUGAGAGACGACCCAAAGGGAAGACAGUACAGAAAAGAAAACCAAAGGGAGAUAGAUGCUACAACUGUGGUGGCCUUGAUCAUCAUGCUAAGGAAUGUAGUUUACCUCCACAGCCAAAGAAGUGCCAUUACUGUCAGAGCAUCAUGCACAUGGUGGCUAACUGCCCUCAUAAAACUGUUUCACAACAGCCCACUAGUUCUCAGGGAAGAUAUGAAGCAGAACCACAGCCUUCCACUUCUUCUUUCCUGAGAGAAGGGGGAGGGGCUUAUGUCCAUUCAUCUCCAUCAUAUUCUCAGGAGGGAAGGUCAGAGAUCUUAGAACGUUCAGGCAGGUCACCACAAGAAGCUUCCGCCAGUAAGUUAUCUGCAUCUCCUGAAGAACAAAGCAGAAGGGGGCCUUCUGUUCAAAAAAGGAAAAAAACUUAGAGCUUUGUUGUAACCUUUAAUUUUCUUUAUCCUCUUGGAAUGUCUACCUCAUGCAAGAACAGGGGAAGUAAUUUCACUAUCAGUAGCUGACCUGAAAUUUUAACUACUGUUGAGGAACUGUGAAUUUAUUUUUUUUAAUAGACAAAUCACUCCAAGCAAAUUACAUUUGAGCAGGGUGUCUUGUGUUUUACUGCCUGUGUGUGUGGAUGUGCACGAGUGCAUGUGUCUCUAUCAUGUCUUUGUCUGUAUGUAUACAUAUCUAUCAUCGCUAUCUCUAUCUGUGUAUAUGUAUACAUACACACACCAGCAGAACAUUCUCCAUUUCCCAGGAUACAUCAUCCAUUGUGAAGCAAUAGUCAUGGUUCAGAAUGUUUUUGGAUACUCAUUCCUGGCAGCAAUCUUGAAACAUGCUUUAAAAACCAGUUAAGAUCAUGACUGUUACUUUUGUGUGAACCAAAGGAUACUUCACCUCUCAAAGCUGCCAAUGAUACGGUACUAAGAAUACUAAGACAUUCCCCUAACCCUCUAUUCUGGGUAGAUAUUUUGUUCUUGAUGCCCAAAGUAUAGCAAUGUUGUUUUUUUUUCUCCACACCUGUCAAGGGCAUGCCUUGAUUAAGUACGACUCUGUUGCCACAAUCUUUCUUCAGGAGUUAAGACUCCAGAAAAGACAAUGAAUGUGUAGUUUCUGUGCUGAGAUCUCAAAUGUUGUGUUAAAUGAAUAUGGCUUAAUUUUAAGUUAGGUGACCGUUGUGUGGGGGAAAAUGUGUCAGUUGUUCUGAACUGAUUGGUUUGAGUGGUAUCAAGCUACCACCCUGUUUGCCCCCUUUGAGUUUUGUGAAAAUCUUGGGGGCGGGGGGGGGCGGCAGAAGCUGCUUCCCUUGGUCCCAACUUGUCCCCCUGAGUCGGUGUAUCGAUCAACGGGAUUUCCCCCUUGUUUACUACUGAAAGUCAUGAAGAGAACUCCCUAGGGUUUUUUAAGAAAAAGGAACAAGAAACACAAAGUUAAUGACAUAUUGGGGUACAGCCUUGGUGGAGAAUAAAUCUGUAUGGGCACUUACAGUUGAUCAACAUCCCCUGCUAUUCAUAUAGUAAAAGUACAGUAUUGAGUGACGAACAUACACAGCUGACGCAGAGAGGCCUUAGAGCAGGGACAUGCAAACAUUGCGACACUUGCCAGAAGCCCUAGGACUCCAUCCGCUUUCCAUGAAAUGGAGAAGACUGCAGACCAGCCUCGGCUCAGUGCAUGCUAGGACUGCUCCUCUACACUGAAGAUGAACAUGUCUGCAAGCCCCAUUCUAAAACUCACUGGGCUGCACUUUAACCAACCCCUGGCUGCACUUUGGCCAUCCAUAACCUGGUCCAUUUGCAAUUGGCAGAUUAACAAAUUAUACCUAAGAAAAUGUCCUUCUAACCAUCCCAUUGCAGAUGUAAUUUCUUUGGAGAAAUCUGUAUAAUGCUUAACAUUGGCAAUAAACAUAGGCUGUUACAAAAAUUGAGAC